AUGUUUUGUGUGCCAGAAACACUCACUUUAUUGCCACAAUAUUGUUUCCAUGGAUGUAGCAAAUUAAGUGGAUUUUCGUUUCCUGGCCAUUUGAAGUCGAUUGGUGAUUUUUGUUUCCAAGAUUGUUCAUCGUUAAAAUCAAUUGUAAUACCCGACUGUGAAUGUUUUAUUGGCGAAAAGGGAUUUGAUCAUUGCAUCAAAUUGACUUCAUGUGAUAUUGGUGGAAAAAUUAACAGUAUAUAUGAUUUGUGUUUUAAUUGUUGUUCUUGUCUUGUCUCAGUUGAUAUCCCAAACACUGUUACCAACAUCGGAAAGUCUUGUUUUCGCGAGUGUCACAUGUUAAAGAAUAUAACUCUUCCUCAUCAAUUGCAAGCAAUACCCCAUCAAUGUUUCUUCAAUUGUUUUGAAUUAGAAAAAGUUGUUAUACCCAAGAACGUCAGUGCAUUGGGGUCUUGCGCUUUUAGUCGAUGUAUCAAAAUACAAACAAUUGUAAUACCAAGUCGUGUAAAGUCGAUUGGAUAUGACUGUUUUUAUGGGUGUCAAUCUCUGGAAAUUACCAUUCCAAGCACAGUCACAUUCACUGAUAAGUAUUGUUUUAAAAAGUGUAAAAAAGUAAUCAAAGAAAAUAAAAAUAAAUAA